CUAGGCAAAGGAGCGGUUGUUCCAGCUUUGCCUGAAGUCCGAGCCUGAACCUGGAAAAUGCUGCUGGCGCCCCAGGAAAGGUCCUUCUCUAGGAAGAGGACGGGUUUGAAUCGCUGGAAACAGUUUACAAGGAAGACGAGUCCCACCAAGCCUGUGUUUGAUCCUGAUAAUGUGGAACACUGGAUUAAGAGAGUUGAGAAAGCGUCAGAAUUUGCAGUUUCGAAAGCAUUUUCUGCUGGAAAUUCAGAUUUAUCCAGAAGGCUUUGGGACCAAAUCGUAGAUUUGGAAACACCUGAGCAAAUAGAGGAUUACGAUGAAGUCUACGCAGAAGCUCAGGAAUUGGUCAAUGACUGGUUAGACACCAAACUUAAGCAAGAACUAGCAAGUGAUGGGGAAGGUGGUGAUGAAGACACUGUGUCGAGUAUCCCUCUUGUGCCAGAAGCCAACAGGCAUUUGAAAUACGACAGGUUUGAUGAUUUAUGUGGUUACUUGGAGGAAGAAGAGGAAAGCACCAUCGUUCAAAAAUUUAUAGACCAUCUGCUCCAUAAAGAUGUGGUGGAUUCUGGGAUGCUGGAAGAUCUUGGAAUGAAUGAAAACCAAGACAAGAAGUGGCAGAAGGAUCCUCGUCUUACCAUGGAGAUGAGACAUAAGCAGGUAAAAGAAAAUCGCUUAAGGCGUGAGAAAGAACUGGAGCGCCAGAGAAUUGAAAAGACCCUGAAAAAAUCGGCCUUCUUAGAGGCUCAGUAUCUGGUGCAAGAAGAGAAGAAAAGGAAGGCUCUAGAGGCCAAGAAAGAGGAGGAGGAGAUUCAAAGGGAGAUGGUAAAGCUUCGGAGGGAGAUAAUUGAGAGGAGACGCACUGUGGAAGAGGCAUGGAAAAUAGAGAAGAAAAAGCAAGAAGAAAAUUCUCUAAAAAAUCCAGAGAAAGGCAUGUUUCAAAAUGUUCAUACUGUUCUAGAUGAAGAAAAAAUGGCAAAAGAAAGAAAGAAGAAACUGAAAGAGUUAUUAAUCCAAACUUUCAAGGAAAAUCACCAGUGUCAAAAACGGUAUUUCUCUGCCUGGCACAAGCUGAUUCUUGAUCAUAGAAUUAAGCUGGGGAAAGCUGGGACCCUGUCUGACUGGAAGUUUCAACUGAAGGUCCUGCGGGCCUGGAGAGACUACACAAGGUCCCAGAAGUUAGGGCGGGAGACUCAAGCCAUGGAAAAUGACCUUAGGGAAGAAAACAGCGCUUUGUUGCUUAGAAAACAACAACUGGCCGCUGAGUAUAACCGGAAACAAGUUCUCCAGUGCCACUUCACAGAAUGGCAGCAUUGGCAUCGUGCAGAGAUCCUGAAGAGAGAGCUGGCUGUAACAAAGGAGGAAACUAGGAAGAAAAUGAAUGAGUUGCUGAAGGCAGCAUCACUAGGGAAACUCAGUGCAAACGUGUCAUCAGGCACCAGUCUACUUGAGGAAGCAGCAGCCGUGGAGGAGCCACCUAGAAAUGGAGAGGUGGCUGCCGUGCCCUCUUUGUGGGAAAAGCCUGCCUCAGGGAGCAGUGGUUGUAUGUCUAGCCCUGACCUGGGAAGAUCAGCAAAGAGUGUCUUGCAGGUUCCCCUCCAGAAUGUCCGUCUGGAUACAUCUGACGAUAAGCCGCUCGAGACUCUAGACGUUGAGCCCUCCCAACGGCCUGGCAGCAACGAGAAGCUCAGAACCAGCAGCCAGAAAGCAGAACCUAUUUGCAUGGGUCAUUUCCACAACCGCCAUAUCUUCCAGCAACAGCUGAUUGAAAAGCAGAAGAAGAAACUCCAGGAACAGCAGAAAACAAUUCUGGAGUUGAAGGAAAGCCAGCGGCUGGCAGAGGCUCGGUGGGCAGCAGAGCAUGCUGACACCCAGAGCUGCCUGCUGUCAUGCCCGAGAGGAGAAGAGGAACCAAAAAGAACCUGCCAGGUGCUUCCAAAUUCACCUGUUGCCUCCCCUGGGACUGAAGGUGGUAGAAGUGACUCCCGAAAUUCUCUUUCUGGACCCAGAAGGAACCGGAGGCAGCUGAUGGCACCUCACCCCAUACUGAAAGCAAUGGAAGAGAGAGCAGUUCAGCGAGCUGAACGUAGGCGAAUCUUGGCAGAGAGGAAGAAAAAACAAGAAGAGGAGAAACUGGCCCAGUUAAAAGCCCAAGAGGAGGAGCGUCAGAAAAGAGAAGCAGAAGAAAAGGAGGCUCAGCUUGAGAAAAAACGAGAGGAGAAAAGACUGAAGAAAAUGAAAGAACUAGAGAAGCAGAAGAGAAUUAAAAGGAACCAGCAGCUGGAAGCAAUAGCCAAAGAACAUUAUGAAAAGAUGUUGCUAAGAAGAAAAGGUCUGGAACCUUGGAAGAGGUUGAGAUUGCAAAGCAAGCAAAACGUCCAGGUGGCCAAAGAGCAUCACUCUUUGGCCCUCCAGAGGAAAUGCCUGCUGACCUGGUUCCAGUGGAGUCAGGAAAGCCUGGCUAGGAAAGUGGCCCGGGCUGAUCAAUUUUAUGACCAAAUACUGCUUAGGAGAGUCUUCCGGAGCUGGCUGCAGUACCUGAUUGAUCUUGAGGAAGAAUUACAAAAACUGUGUGCACAGUUUCUUCAGAAGAAGGUUUUCCAGGCCUGGUGCAACAUGGUCAGGGAGGCCAAGAUCGAUUCUCAGAACAAGCACAGGACUGCGGUGGAGCACAGUGACAGGAGGAUUCUCUGGACCACAUUUCAGACAUGGAAGAAGUUUGCAAAAUUUACAAAGGAAGAAAGAGGCAAAGAAGAAAGGCGAGAGCAGCUCCGUAGGAAGGUUGCUGAAAUUCUUCCAGAUUUCCGGAUGUUCGCACCGCUGUGACUCAUACAGCAGUCGGGUGCUCGGCCCUUGGGUGGGAGGAGGCCUUGGUGUGCCGGUGAACACGGACCAGGGCUGCCAACGGGGUCGGCGUCAGUCUGUGUGUCUGUGUGUUAUCUCCACCCGCUCACAGACACACAUAUACCUGGCUUAUGUUCUGUCACAUACCUCUUGGAUCAGAGAAAGUAUUUUGUGACUUUGAACUUCUUGAUUUCUCGUGGAUUGCUUGUCAGUCCGCUGAAGCAUUUACCACAGCGGGACCAUCCAAAGGAACAGUCGAACAGUCUAGAGCUCUGCUGUUCAAAUGUAUCCUAUCCUAUCUAUUUAUAGUAUCAUAAACUUUAAAAAAGACAAGUGUUUGCUUGCCUGAGGCUGUGAAGGAAAAUGGGUCCUUAUAAUGUAAGGUGAAUUGCUGACAAAUGUAAUUUUAAUUAAAUACAAAUUAAAAGUAGUGAGUACUUAGAAAAGGAGGGUCAGCCGUCUAGUACCUUAGCAGCAGCAACAGGCAUUCUGCCAGACCCUGUCCCUUUUGCCCACCCUGAUGGAAAACCACGGAUCAAAAGGUUCUCUAGGCAGCUGCUGCCAAGGAUAGCAGCGUGUCCUGGCUUCAGAGAAGUGGGGGCACCAAAGAUACCUCUCUUCAGUGCACUCUGAUAAGCAAGAAGGCAGUUCCAAAAGUUAAAGACUCUAUCAAAGCAGCCCAGCAGUUUGUUCACGCUCCUGAUUGCAACUUCUAAACAACACACUCGUUCUGUCUUCUAGUCCUCAGCUCAGUUUGAUCUGUUGAGAUACUUAUCUUGAAUUCAAAGAAUGUUUUCAUCUUCAAAGUGCUGAAGAACAUAAAGACUGACAAAACACUCCUGUCAACUGUCUGAAAGGGUACCUGCUAGAAAAAAAUCUUCAUUACAAAAUACAUGUUCAUUACAACAAAUUCAGGUAGUAGAUGCACAGGUAAAAUCAGAGUAAAAUGAGAUAGUCCCUUGAGCCCCGAGGUAACUACUAUUUGGUAAGUUGAAAAUUUGAGUUGGUAAAAUAAAAUUGUGUGUGUUGCUCAAUAAA